AUGGAUAGGAUAAGUCCGUUGCAUGAUGAGCUACUCUUGAAGAUAUUUUCGUUUCUUCCUACUACUAAACAUGUUGUGGCGACGAUGGUUCUGUCUAAACGGUGGCAGCCGCUUUGGAUGAUGGUGCCAAGACUUGUAUACGAUGAUACUAGCUAUCAAAACGUUGGUUAUGGAAGUUUUCGGCGCUUUGUAGACAGGUCUCUGCUUUUUCACAAGGCUCCAGUUCUUGAAACCUUGCGUUUCAAAGUUACUCAAACCUCUGGGGUUGGAGAUAUUCCGCUGUGGACUAGAGCUGCAGAGAAACACGCUCUGCGGUGUAGAAUGCUUGUGACGUUGACUAAUAACGUGAUUCUUGUGGAUGCUGCUUCACCGAUUUCUUUCCCGACCCUCAAAAUCUUGGAACUUAACUCCGUGAAGUACCCUGGUGAUGAGUUUGUCAAGAGGUUUCUAUCCAAUUGUAUCCUGUUCUUGAGACUUGGUGUUGAGCAAUGUCCCGGUGACAAUGUGACCGUUUUCACCGUUAGAGUGCCUUCUCUUGAGAGUUUAUACUUGCGGAAAUCAUCAGACACAGAUGUGGAUGAUGCAGAUGAUGCAAAGGGGUUUGUGAUAGACGCUCCUUCUUUGAAGUACUUGGGCAUUACUGAUACUAUCGGUGGAUUUUGUGUCAUUGAGAAUGAAAUGCCUAAUAUUGUAAAGGCAAAUGUUGAAGCUGAUUAUAAGUGUGUUAGCAAUAUUUUGGUCCAUACCGCUCCCGACAGACCUCGCCCCUGCUGGAUUGAACCGAGCUCGAUUCCUGAGUGUUUGUUAACGAGUCUUGAAACUCUGGACUGGGAUAACUAUGAAGGAGCAGAAGAAGAGAAGGAAGUUGCAACAUUCAUCUUAAGAAACGGAAACUGUUUAAAGAAUGUUGCCGUCUUCUCCUCCACAUCCAUUGACAGCGACGAGAAACUUGAGAUGAUCAAGGAUUUAUCAUAUUGGCCAAGGCGUUCACCUGCUUGUCAUCUAACAUUCGACUGA